AUGCAGCAGCAGCAGCCCGACCAGACGGAAAAUCCCAACCGUGGACCACGUUUGCCUGUCAACCCGCGACGACACAAGGUAGCGCCCGACCAGAGAAAGCGCGUCGCCACAGCAUGCAACAGCUGCAACAUCCGUCGAAUCAAGUGUUCUGGCGAGAGACCCUGCCGCCAGUGCCGCAGCUCCUCACGAGACUGCCAGUACCCCACCAUCAUCGAGAAGGUCUCCAUCUCCCGCAAUGAGCUGGACGACUUGCGGAGGAGGCUCGAGGCCGUCGAGCGCGCCCUGCAGGCCGCCGUGCCCGACGACGCGGCGAGGCGGCAGCUGCUGCAGCAUGAUGCCGACGCCCGCGGCUCCCGCGCCGGCUCCAGCUCGUCCUUCACCCCACCGCAGCAGCCCCAACAGCAACAGCCGCUGCUUCGCAAGGACGAUUCCAACGAAACCGCCUUCAACGACAGCGAGGCCGACACGACCGAGGGCCGUCAACUGGAGGACCAGGACGGGAGGGCCCGGUUCCUCGGCGAGACGUCUGGCGCCACGUUCCUUGACCACCUCAAGGAGUUCAUGACGACCGUCUCACCCCUGGCCUUCAACAAGCCGUGGCUGUCGCCCACGCCCAACAACGGCUCGGCCUUCCUCACCUCCCUCGGGCGCUACCAGACGCACGAUUCGCGCCCCAUUGAGGCCGAGUCGAACGCGGACCCUCUUCUCCUUCCGUCACGGGCCGAGAUGUCGGCCAUGCUCUCCGACCUCCGAUACUUUAUCCAAGACGGCAGCGGCAGUUUCCCGUGCGGCGGCAUCUACUGGUGGGGCGAUCUCGGCUCCGUGCCCGUCGACCCAAAACCCGUCUCGUUCCCGCCCGACACGCCUCCCCAGGCCAUCUGCAACAGGUACCGCCACCUGGCCUUUUACCACACGGCCUUCGCCGUCGCGUGCCAGGCCAAUACGACGGCGGCCUCGAUGCCCGUGCCGAGGGACCUGAGCCAGAGCUACUUCUCCCGCGCCCGCAUGCUCCUCGGCAACCCCCUCGACAUCACCCAGUACACCAUCAGCGACGUCGCCGUGCUCGCCCUCAUGGGCUUCUACCUCAUUGAGAUGAACCGCCGCGACGCCGCCUACAUGUAUGUCAGCAACGCCAUGCACAUCUCCAUCAUGCACGGCGCCCACCGCGGCUGGGUCGACGAGCGAGGCAAGCGCGUCUUCUGGACUCUGUACAUUCUCGACCGCUGGCUGAGCUGCCUCAUGGGCCGCCCGCCCACCAUCAUGGACGAUGCGAUCCGGCUACCCUUGCCGUUCGAUGCUCCUACAUUGCCCCCUGCAGCCGGCCUCCGAGCCCACGUCCAGCUGGCCCGCAUUUCGGGCCACAUUGUCUGCAACACGUAUAGAGUCGCCCCAUGGGACCACCGUCCCGGAGGAGCGGCGCGGCAUGUCGACCGGGCGCUGCAGCUGCUCGAGAACUGGCACUCCUCGCUACCUCCUACCCUGCAGAUGACUACCUCACAUCCAAGCAACGAUCCCGCAUGUUGCCUCCUGCACAUGGCCUAUAACCAGAAGCCCAAAAGAGAACAACCCCCCAUGCUCACCAAAGAUCCCUGGCAUCUGCAGCUCGUCAUCCUCGUCGUCCGCCCCAUCUUCUUCGCCGCCGUGAAGAAGGCCUUCGCCGAGCGCUACAUCCCGUCAGACCGCCGCUGGGACAUUGAGCACCACGCAGGUCGUAUAAGCGCCUGCUCCGAGGCCGCCCACCGUAACCUGUACUUUGCGCGCUGGCUGCUGAGUCUGAACGGGGGCGCCCGCAAGCUACUGCAGGCGGGGCUGCACUACGUCUUCAACGCCGCCAUCGUGCUCAUGCUCGAGGACCUGCUCGUGCCGAACCGCCACUCGUCGUCCGCGCACUCGGACGAUGUCAACUUCGCCAUUGGCGUGUUCGAGGAGGAGGCCAAGACGGGGAGCAACUACGGCCACGACUGUGCCACGGUCCUCCAGGAUCUCAAGUCUCUGGUCCAGCGCCUCCGCCUGGAUGGGCAGGGCGGCCCUUCGACGCCGGGCCUCGCAUCGGACGACGUGGCGGUCGGCAGCAACAGCAACACGCCCACAACGACCGUCUCACAACAGCCCCAGCAGCCGACGUUCCCGCCGCCAUCGAGCCAGUUCUAUCCCAUGGACGAGAGCGGUCCGCUGUAUCAAGAGCUCAUGACGUGGAUGGACAACAAUGACACGCAACUGUAUAGUAAUCACUAUUCCAUAUAA